AUCUUUUAUCAGGUUUUUAUUUUAUUUGUUUUUGACUACCUUUUCAGCUAUCCUGUCAAUCGAUAUUAGGCAAAGUUAAAAGUUUUAACUUUAAUAAUAGUCAAAUUAAAAGAUUUUAUUUUAAAAUAACACUCCACCUACCAUAAUUAUUCAAACAAUAGUUUUUGGUAUUUUUAAUUACAUAAAUUUUUAUUUUUUUUAAAUGGGCAGCAAAGUAGUUAAUGAAAGUAGUGUUUUUUAUAUGGACUUUUGUCCUAACUGCUCCAAUAUACUAUCUUUAGAAGAACACAUGGGUGAGAUGCGACACAAAUGUCAAGUAUGUCCCUACUUCUCACCAAUUAAAAAUGUCAUCUUGGCAUCUCGAUCAUUCUACAAACUAAAGGAAAUUGACUCAGUUUUGGGUGGUAAAGCAGCUUGGGAAAAUGUCGAUUCCAUCGAUGUUGUUUGUACCGUGUGUAAUCAUGGCCGUGCAUACUUUCUUCAAGUUCAGACUCGAUCUGCAGACGAGCCAAUGACGGUUUUCUAUAAAUGCUGUAGUUGCGGAAACAGAUGGAGAGAAUGAUAACUUGCCCAUAAUCAUCAAAUGUAUAAAAAUAACACUUUUUGUAAUUAAAAAUAAAAAAAAUAAA